CAUCAAAACAACCUGCCGGAUCCACAUUUUGGCUGCUUGGGUCCCUUCCAAACACGAUUCUUCUCCACCUGAGUCCUGAGCCUCUUGAGGCCGCUACUGUGGAGCUUCCCUCUCGUAGCCCCCGUCAUUCUCUCCCCUCUUUCUGCCUCAACAUAGAAACCCACGAAAAGCCCACCAUCUCGCCGCCACUGGGCACCACAACCGGAAAAGGGCUCCACUGUCCGAGGUAUUUGACCUCGAACUCGGUCAAAGGCACGCCAUGUGGGGUGGCCGGCACUUCCGGGACUCGGCUCCGACCAGUGUCCGGCCGCGUCCCGCGCCCGAUUUCUCCCCAGAUUCUUUCCCAAUGGGGAGGAAGAAGAUGAGAACUAACGAGGCUCCGCUGAGCCAAACGGCCACCGUGUGUUGGCGGGAGGAACUGGAGGAGAGAACCCAGAAACUCAAUUCAGGGAUUUGGGACUAUUCUGACCCCUAUUGCAUGCCUAAUUUGUGGGAGAGCUUGGGAUGUGGGAAGUAUGGGAGUGUCACAAGUGAAAUUGAGGAGCUUUUGUCUCAGAGCAGACUCUACAUUGAUUCUUGCUACGCGAGGGAUCCUACCCUUCUGUGUAAAAUCAUAGAGAUGGAGUAUAAUUUUACUGCAGAGGGAAAGGGGGGUCGAAAUGGUGCUGGUGUGAUUGAUUUGGAGGAUGAUCAUGUUGCUGGAAACGUUCCGUUUUCCCGCUUUGUCCCUGCUGCACAGAUUGCCCCUUCUGCUGGCCCUGUUGUUAUUAUUGAUUCAGACGAUGAGGACACCGCAAAGCCUAAUUGCACAUUCCAGGGAUUCCUCCCCAUUAAUACAGCUGGGAGCACUUAUUUAAUGAACAAUGUGAACUACCAGUUGGAGCAUGGGCCUAAAGCUUUGGCAGUACAGUCUUUUCAAAAUACAGUUUACAUGGGCGAUUCUGUUGAGGCACUUAACUCUUCAAUACUUGUAAGUUUUCCUCCAUUUGUUUGCUUUUGGAUAUGUUAUUUUCUCUAGUUAUAUUAUCCAGUUGAUAUAGCACAAUGCAGAUUGAUUUAUGCUAUUCUUCCUCGAAAUACUUCAGUUUCAAUUAAGUGUUGAAUACUCU